AUGUCUCAUGUGGUUCAGGAAGCCAAUUUGUCGUGUUCCGCCGGAAAAAAUGGUCAAAGUGUUCGCCGUUCAAGUACCCGUUCGCGGAAGCCUAAUUCUUCGCUGGAUCAAGAAGCAGUUACAAUGGAAAGAAUCCGAGAACUUAGAAAGAGAAGAGGCGGAGUGCUCUCUGCCUUGACGGCCAAGCAUAAAGAAAUUGACAGCUUAUUAACGGAUGAGAACAAUCUUGAAGCAGUCAAGGUGAAACUGACAGAGAUUACUUCCCUUUUUCAAAGAUUUACAGAUGCACACGAGGAGUAUAAUACUGCCCUAACCGAUGAGAGCCAAAGACAGGAAUCAGUAGUUUACUUCACUGACAUUGAGUCGAGUUUGAAUUUCUUCUGUCAAACGGUGAACGACUGGUUACGUGUAACGGAUACGGAUUCAAGAUCUUGA